CGUCAUCGCCGACCGCAGGCACCCGAGCCCCGGGGCGGGCGCUGACGCGGGCGCCGCUGCCAACUUCGCGCGGAACUGCGGGAGGCGCGGGCGGCAUGAAGACGAGCCGCCGCGGCCGAGCGCUCCUGGCCGUGGCCUUGAACCUGCUGGCGCUGCUCUUCGCCACCACCGCCUUCCUCACCACGUACUGGUGCCAGGGCACGCAGCGGGUACCCAAGGCGGGCUGCGGCCAGGGCGGCGGCGCCAACUGCCCCAACUCGGGCACCAACGCCACGGCCAACAGCACAGCCGCCCCCGCCGCCGCCGCGAGCCCGGCCGGCGCGCCCUACAGCUGGGAGGCGGGAGACGAGCGCUUCCAGCUGCGCCGCUUCCACACUGGCAUCUGGUACUCGUGCGAGGAACAGCUUGGUGGCCCGGGUGAGAAAUGCCGCAGCUUCAUUGACCUGGCCCCGGCUUCAGAGAAAGGGGUGCUGUGGCUGUCGGUGGUCUCCGAGGUGCUCUACAUCCUCCUGCUGGUUGUCGGCUUCAGCCUCAUGUGUCUUGAGCUUCUGCACUCCAGCAGCGUCAUAGACGGGCUCAAGCUCAACGCCUUUGCUGCGGUCUUCACGGUGCUCUCAGGUCUCCUGGGAAUGGUUGCACACAUGAUGUACACACAGGUGUUCCAGGUCACCGUGAGCCUUGGCCCUGAAGACUGGAGACCUCAUUCCUGGGACUAUGGGUGGUCCUUCUGCUUGGCCUGGGGUUCAUUUACCUGCUGUAUGGCGGCGUCCGUCACUACGCUCAACUCCUACACCAAGACAGUCAUUGAGUUCCGGCACAAACGCAAGGUCUUUGAGCAGGGCUACGGGGAGGAGCCGACCUUCAUAGAUCCUGAGGCCAUCAAAUACUUCCGGGAGAGGAUUGAGAAGGGGGAUGUGAGUGAAGAGGAAGACUUCCGCCUCGCCUGCCGCCACGAGAGAUACCCCACCCGGCACCAGCCACACAUGGGAGACUCCUGGCCAAGGAGCUCAGCUCAUGAGGCAGCAGAGCUAAACCGUCAGUGUUGGGUCUUGGGGCACUGGGUGUGAUGUGACCCAAGCCAGCCCCUGUCUUCCUGCCAUCACUGGCACGCCCCUCCCACAGGACAUGGAAGCCUGGUCUCUGUGCUGUGGACUCAGCUCUCCUGUCAAGGAGACAUCAGGCCUAGACUGCCACUGCUGCCUGGGUCUUGAGGCCCCAGAGGUGGGUCAGAAGGGCCUGAGGGACUAUCCAGGCAUCACAGAGACUUGGAGACAGCAGUCAUCACCACACUUAGAGCCACGCCCAGCUGAGAAGCCAGGAAGAACGUGGGCAUCGACCACUGAAUGCUGGACACCCACAGCCAGCCACAAAACCAAGCAGAUGCCCAGAGGGGCAGGGUCCUGUGGGGACAUGGAAUGGGGGCUUAUUGAAGGAGAGGCAGUAGCUGCCUUUACAGAGGCUACACAGCAGGCACACAGCAGGGGCUCAAUAAAUGCUUCUUGAAUCUGUUCUCUUGCUAUGUAUGGGCUGCCUUCCCCAUCAUCACCCUGCCCUGGAGGUGUGAGCCUAGGCACUGAGGUCAGGGCCAAACGUUUUGGAUGAGCUAGAGUCCAGCCCAGCCUGGGGAAGGUCAAGAUGGAGAUAGGUGGGCAGAGCAGCCUGGGUCCUGAGCAUAGCAUCAGGGGCAGGUCAGGAACUAGGAGAAGCAUGUGUGUCCAGGAACUUCAGCAAUGAGACACCACCC